AUGCCGCUCGUCGUUCGUUUCAUGGGUAGGGGAAACCUGACCACCCAAAACACGACCAUGACACUUCAGAACCCCCAGCUAGACAUGACGAGCAAACCACUUCUCUCCCUCCCGAAAACCUGGCGCCCCAUUUCUAUCCAACACAUACACCGCGUCCGCGACAUGGUCUCCUCUCUGACCGGGAACUCCACUCUUCCGAUACGCAAAAACACGGGGCCCAAACCGUUGGCCAGCAGCAACAGCACCAUGCCCAGUGACAACAACCCUGGUACCAUGCAACACAUCAGCGACCUUGCCAUCCCCUUCUUCACGGUCCUCCUGAUGCUGCUCUUUAUCACCGCGCUCGUGGGCCUCGCUCUCAAAGCUCCCGACUGGACCAACAUCCACAACCACACGCGCAAUGCAAUGCCCGUCCUCACGAUCCGCGACUGUCCCCGCCGUCGCAGCAGCCACCGCCCCAACAGCACGCGCAGCUCCUCCAUGGUGAGCACCAGCCGGGGAUCCACAGGCCGACACCACCGCUUCGGCCACGACGUUGACAUCGAGGCCGCCCGUGCAAUGGCGAGAGUGAGGGAACUGACACACGACGACAACGGGAGCUAUGCCAGCGAUGAUCAUGAUGCCGAUGCCGAUGUCCCAAUGGCCAGGGAUUCGUUGGUGCCGGUGCCGAAUUACGGGGGGAUGGAUCGUCCUGGUCAGGAAUUCUGGAGACAUGUCGGAUGGGAUGGCAUGGCGUACUAA